GUGUUUGCUUUUGGGAGAAAUAUCCCUGGUUUAAUUUAUUUUCUGGGUGUGCUACUGAACACCAAUUCUUUCUUUUUUUUUGGAGCAGGUAAGUGCCCUUGGCCUGUGUUGGUGCCUGUUUGUUUUAAUGGUCUGUAUGCUGUUUUUUGACUGUCAUUUGUGUUCUCUUGUAGGUGUUUGCUUUUGGGAGAAAUAUCCCUGGUUUAAUUUAUUUUCUGGGUGUGCUACUGAACACCAAGUCUUUAUUUUUUUUGGAGCAGAAAAAAUGUACGCUCCUGCAAUCCUUUCCCUGAAUGCAAAAUUUACUGGAAGUUCACAUGAUGCAUAUGUCAUUAGACAAUCAGGGAUAUGGCAGAGAUUAAUAUCAAGUCAACGAGCAGACAUGUGGUUAUUGGGAGACCGUGGAUAUCCUUGCACCCCCUGGCUCAUGACUCCUUACCGUAAUCCCAGGCCAGGACCACAGAUGGCAUUUAACUCCGCGCUUACUGCCACUAGGCAGCUGGUGGAGCGCACAAUUGGUGUCCUUAAAGGGCGGUUUCGUGUGCUCCACCGCACUGGUGGCGACAUCAUGUAUUCGCCGGAGAUGGCAAGUAAAAUAGUGGUCCUGUGCGCAAUACUACAUAAUAUCGCGGUAAGGAGUAGUGUAGAGCUUCCUCAGGCAGAGGAAUUGCCUGAUGAGGAGCCAGGGGUUGGUCGACGCUUCGGUGGGGGGAGUGUGACACGGAGGGGGAGCCAAGUGAGGGCAAGAAUUGUUGCCGAAUAUUUCAGCUGAAUGAUCACACGAACUGUGG